AUGAAUGACAUACAAUUUUGUUAUGGUAAAAAAUCAUUAGAUUCAAGAUUAUUGAAUGCAUGUGUUUCAAACAAAAUAUUUCCAUUCAAUAGGUCCACCAACCAAGAAAUUAAAAUGGAAAUUAAACACAUUGUUAUUGUGAAGACCCUAUCAGGGGCUCUUAAAAUUUAUCUGAUUGAUCAUGAUGAUAUGCUCUUCCGGGAUUCAAAACUUUACAAAGCAAUUGCCAAAUUUAUUGAUUAUAAAGAUGAAAAAGUUCUGAUUGUAAAGAGUUUAUCAUUGCAUCAAAUUUACCAAAAGCUGAAUUAUUAUAUCACCAAUUUAAACAUCAUUGAUGUUAUCCAUAUUAAUUUCAAGUAUUACCAAAUGAUCAAACAGCAUAGGCUGACAGAGAUUAGCAGCUUCAUAUUUUUAUUGGAACUGCUUUGGGAAGAUCUAGAUGAGAUUAAUCAUGAAUAUUGA